CGCAAGGGAAUUCUUGGCAUUUUGUCGAAUGAGCUCGGACGAAGCGUCAACGGCGUCUCCUGUGGACACGGUGCCGCUCGUGUCGCAGGCGAAAUCGCUGUUCCAGGCGCUGACGGGAGACGUGAAAGGCGCUGCCCAGACGCAGGACAACUUCACCAAGGGAUGCCCCGUCGUAUCGCAGGCGAGAUCCCUCGUCGAGUCGACGAUCCUUCGCGAUCCUUCAGCAGCCGCGAAGACGCAGAAACAUUUUCUGUCUUUCUCACUCGAUCAUUGCAUUGGCUUGUCCCAGGCCAAGUCACUCGUUCAGGCCAUUCGUGGCGACACUGCCGGUGCGCUUCAAACUCAAGACAACUUUACCCGGGGGUGUGCCGUCAUCUCGCAGGCCCGUUCGUUGGUGGAAAGCACGAUAUUACGCAACCCCGAAGCUGCCUCCAAAACGCAAGAGUACUUCUUUGGCAAAAAAAGUCAAGCAGGCGAAGCCCCAGACUGCCCAUCGUCGACUCUUGAAUGUGUUGUCUGCCUCACCGAAACGAAGACGGUGCUUCUCCUCCCGUGCAAGCACCUCUGCCUGUGCCAAACCUGCUCCACCAAGAUCACCGACCUGUGCCCACUGUGCAAAGCCCCCAUCGCCACCAAAACAAGCGUUUUCCUUUAACUUAACUCGCCUCGUGCCUCGACUUGUCGUGGCAUUGUCGAAUGCAGCAUUCUGUGCAGCAAUGCCCUGCACCUACAGCUUCUUGAAACGAGUGGAAUAAAUCCGCUUCUUUCGUUUUCAC